CAAAACUCAGAUUUCGCUUACAUUAGUCAUUGUUUGCUCUUCGCGAAACCCCUGAGAGAAGAAUGGAUGCCAUCUGGGCUAAACAUUUCCGUGAUCUUGGCGGCGAGUUUGACCGGGAAUUUAUUUGUCCGGCGGCUCUUUUGAACCAAUUGAAACCAAAUCAGCUCCUCAUGUAUGCCGUUGGUGAUACCGAAAUCUUUGAACUUUGCAAAACUCAUGACGACCUGAGACGUAAGUGCAUCACUGCUGCUCUCAAAAAGUACAACCUCGAGAAGUACUUCGAUGAUGAGGUUUCCAACAGAACUGCAGAUUUUAUGRUUGUGUUGGAUACUUUCACUCACAUCCAAAUGAUGGAUGAAGCUAAUAGAAGAGAAAGAGACCAAUGCAAAUUUCCCCCUUGUGUCUACUACCAACCGAGGAACAUCGAAGAAGGUGCCAAAAACAAUGGGGUGGAAGAAUGAAUUUUUAUGUCAAAAUAUAUUCGUAGUUGGUACUUCAAUAUGUUGUAGAAWUUUUGUA